CAAAGGAAGAGGGUCAUUCAGGUACUUCUGCCUUGUGCUUUUGUCUUUUGCCUUGGACACACAGGCCAAUAAGACUUCCCCAUGUUAAGUUUUAACUCCCUCUUAGAUUUGAGAAAGUGAAACACUGGGGGGUGAGAGAGAGAGAAGGUGAGAGAUGGGUAGUGUUAGAACUCCAAUGUACCAGUUAUGGUACAUUUUUCAGUUAUUUCUGUUGAUUCAAACUUGCAAAGUUUUUUGCUACCAAUUCAAGGUUGGAGAUCUAGAUGCUUGGGGUAUUCCCACUUCAGCAAAUCCACAAGUCUACACCAACUGGUCUAAAAAUCACAACUUCACGAUUGGAGACUCUCUCAUGUUUCUGUAUCCACCAAGUCAAGAUUCAUUGAUUCAAGUGACAGAGGGAUCAUACAACAGCUGCAACCUAAAAGAUCCAAUCUUGUACAUGAACAAUGGCAACUCUCUGUUUAACAUCACGUCUCCUGGUGAAUUCUACUUCACCAGUGGAGUACAAGGGCAUUGCGAAAAAUCACAGAAGCUCCACAUUUCUGUGCCUAGAAAUGGUAGUUAUGCAUUCUCAUCCUCUUAUGCUCCCACUGCAUCGCCAGCAGGUUCACCCUCAUAUCCUACAGUCUUCGGAUCGAUCCCGGCACAGUCUUCUUCUUCUUCUUCCUCACCAUCACUAAAAUUCCCAGUUUUCAUGUCGGCAGCCAUUGGAUUUUUGAUAUGCGCAUUGAUCAGAGGCAGUAUAUAAAAAGGACACAGUAAUUUUGAAGGUAAACAAAUAAAUCCCAUGUAUCUUUAUACUUAAAACAAUUUGUAUUAUUGAUUUCUCAGAAUAAUUAUUUCAAUGUGUUCCUUUC